GUCCCGAUAGAGAAGAUCCCAUAUAAAUCGGCCUUUUCACACACUCACUCUACAGCUCUGCUUCUGGCCAUGACGAACCCUAACUCCCUCCUCUCGCUGAUUCUCCUUUCCCUCCUCGUGAUCGCCUCUGCGAAAGUCUUCUUCGAGGAACGUUUCGAUGACGGUUGGGAAACGAGGUGGGUCAAAUCUGAUUGGAAGAAAGAUGAGAAUACAGCUGGUGAAUGGAACUACACUUCUGGCAAGUGGAAUGGAGACCCAAAUGAUAAAGGCAUCCAGACUAGUGAAGAUUACAGGUUCUACGCAAUUUCAGCUGAGUUCCCUGAGUUCAGUAACAAAGAUAAGACACUAGUAUUCCAAUUUUCUGUUAAGCAUGAACAAAAGCUCGACUGUGGUGGUGGCUACAUGAAGUUGCUUAGUGGCGAGGUUGACCAGAAGAAAUUUGGUGGUGAUACCCCUUAUAGUAUCAUGUUUGGACCAGAUAUCUGUGGCUACAGCACCAAGAAAGUUCAUGCUAUCCUUAAUUACAAUGAAUCGAACCACUUGAUCAAGAAGGAAGUUCCUUGUGAAACUGACCAACUCACUCAUGUCUACACACUCAUAAUCCGUCCAGAUGCCACAUAUAGCAUCCUUGUUGACAAUGUUGAGAAGCAAACUGGUAGUUUGUACUCUGACUGGGACCUUCUUCCACCAAAGAAAAUCAAGGAUCCAGAGGCCAAGAAACCUGAAGAUUGGGAUGAAAAGGAGUAUAUUCCUGACCCUGAGGAUAAGAAACCAGAGGGGUAUGAUGACAUUCCAAAGGAUAUUCCAGAUCCGGAUGCUAAGAAGCCUGAGGAUUGGGAUGAUGAGGAAGAUGGUGAAUGGACUGCCCCAACCAUUGCCAACCCUGAGUACAAGGGUCCGUGGAAGCCCAAGAAAAUUAAGAACCCUAACUACAAGGGCAAGUGGAAGGCACCAAUGAUUGACAACCCAGAUUUCAAGGAUGACACAGAUCUCUAUGUUUACCCCAACUUGAAGUAUGUUGGUAUUGAAUUGUGGCAGGUGAAGUCUGGAACCUUGUUUGAUAAUGUCUUGAUUUGUGAUGACCCUGAGUAUGCAAAGAAGCUGGCUGAAGAAACAUGGGAAAAGAAUAAGGAUGCUGAGAAGGCAGCUUUUGAGGCAGCAGAGAAGAUUAGAGAAGAGGAGGAAUCCAAGGAUGAUCCAGUUGAUUCUGAUGCUGAUGAAGAAGAGGAUGAUGACGCUGAUGAGGCUGAAGGAGAGGACGAUGGUGAAAUAAAAUCAGACGUUGCAGAAGACGGUGCUGACAGCAAGGAUGAUGUACAUGAUGAGCUGUAGAGAUGAAGCACUUUUUGCAGACAAAUCAGUCUAGAGAUGAGCCAGGACAUACAUCUGGUAGUGCUUCCAAAUUUUCUGUUCUCUUUGGAUUUUUAGUUGUAGGAGUAGUCUUAGGGAAGAAAAGAGAGUUGAAGGUUGUAUGCAAACUGCGUGGCAGAUUGUUUGACCCAUUUUAAAACUGUCUGAACCUUUUAAGAAAGAGGUUGUCUUUUUAUCAUCAAAUUUAUGAAAUAGUUCGGAUGUUCCAAAA